AUGCGCUCGACAACUCCACCGCUGUAUUACAAGCGCCCCGAAGGCGUCCCUCUGCCGUACUGCACUGCUGCUGGUCCGGCAAUAGAAGUGCCCCCCUCACUGCGCGUUCCACCAGCAACAACAGUAAACAAUUGGAGUUACCCCACGGCUCCUAACGCCGCUCGCGUUGGUUCUGUUGAGUAUAAAACAUAUGGGACUAUACCCUCCUUUACCAAUACGGUUCCUUCAGUGCCAGCUGUGGCCAAUCCAUUUAACCCUACUAACCCAUCGCCACGAACCUCUCUGGCAGCCGAUAACCCGGCAGACCUUCUUCAACAAAGCGCGGCUCGCUGGAGCACAACGGCGAACCAAAGCGCCCAAACACUCUCAGCGUUAGAGGCGGAAGAGGCAUCAAUUUUGUUGGAGGAGCAAGCUAUGAGGGCGAAACUGGCGGAAUUGCAGUUAACGCGACAGCGCCAAAGUGAAGGGCAGCUUGACCUCAGCCAUGGAUGGGCAGCGUUGCUUGACCGCGAAGAACGCUACUUCACGGAGCCCCUUGUGGACCUCUCGGAGGAGAUAAUGGCGAGAGAACAUCAGUGCGCUCUCCUGCGGGACCAACUUCAGCAAGCAGAGGCGCACCUGGAAGCCCUUCGUCGCGAGCACCAGGAAUACGACACCGUUGUGGAAGAAAAGAAUAAGUUGGAAGCGGAGAUGCUACGUGUGCGGGAGGGAUUUCUGGAGAUUGAAGGGCGUCGAAAGGCUUGCAGGCUGCGGGCAGAGUUAUUGUUUGAUGUAGAGUUGAAGCGCGCAGUGAAGGCCUCACACCAUGUGCGGGAGCUAGACGUGCAGCUGAAAGAAAUGACUUCAGUUGGUCCAUUGUCGGAGCUGCAGUCGGCUCCCCUGUCGCGGUCCGCAUCACGCGGGGUCACGUUCGCACCGAAAGCCAUGCAUCUUCACGUUGGGUCCCACGCCAAAGGAGAAGAAGAGGAAGAGGAGGAAGCCGAUGAUGAAGAUGCCGGACUCACGCAGGGAUUUGGCGGCACGUCAGUGUGCCUGCAGAACGAUGGGGAUGACGAUGAUGUGGGUGGCAUUGGCGGGCAGAGUGUCGCCUACUCCCUCAGCGUCGUCUCCAAGAGGCAACGAAUUGAGGUACCAACGACCUGA